AUGCAGGAGACUGUUAGCGAAUUUUUAAGCCAAUUAAACGAUACACUGGUAUACAAGUUCCCUCCCUUACGCUAUUUGAUAAAAUUCGAUGUUAUGGAUUUGUUUAAUUUCUCCAGUGGCCUGGGUGAUUUUUUGUUAAGUGAACCGUUAAAAUUUAGCAUUAUUUGUAAUGACAUCUUUUACGCGUGCCUCAAAUCAUCUGACAACCAUUUGAAGGAAUUCAUUCAACCAUCUCAAGUCGCUGUUACAAUAAGACUCAAAAGUUUGCCGCGUAUUUUAUCUCGACCGUCAACACAUCGUUACGAGAAUAUAGUAACAUUUAACGGAUUACUCUUAACGGUUUCAAAACUUACAAGCAAUGUGUUUCAUACAGUUUGGUCUUGCCCGGAAGAAUGCGAAGGUAACGAAGUAAUACUACACUACAUACCGAAAUCGCCUCCGAAAUGUCAAAUUUGUAAGAGCGUGAUGUUCGAGAACAGCGGUUUGAGGCAGUGUGGAGAACAAGUUACCGCUACUUUUAAAUUGAAGAGUGAACUUUUGAGUAAGAAGUUUGUUGUAACUGACGAUUUAAUUCCAUUGUUAAAAUUGGGCUCUGUAUACCUCAUCCAUACCAUAGCUUUGAAGAAAACAGUCGCAGUUUGGUCUAUAGAGGAGGUCGUAAAUUUUCCAGCGCCUGUUACAUAUUGCUCGCCAAAGGACAUUCGUGAUCUUUAUAAUAGCUGCGGCGGUGUACCUUGGAAAUUUAUUUAUUGCCUCGCAUCUAGUAUAGGAGUUAAUAUUUGCCCCUUAAAUUGUUUUAUUAACGUCAAAAUGAAUCUCCUCUUGAGUUUGACUAGCGUAAAGGCUCACGCUUAUGAUGGUUCUACCAUAGUACAUUAUUUUAGUGUGGGUUCUGACACCGGAUAUAUCGGUAAACUAAUGAGCGAGGGAGCAUUGUUAGCCGAUCGCCAUGUGGCAUUAGGAGUCGCUAAUUCGUCAGUGGAAACGGCUCUUACUGCUUCGUCAAGUGGCGUGUGUCUAUUGCCUUUGCCUCUUCACGUAUAUAGCCCGAAACAGAUAAAUUCUCUCCUUACAGCUAUAGAAACCUGGGAGGUAGUACAAGACUCGGGUAAAAGCGACUUGAAAUGCGCUGUAUGGGCACAAGGAACAGAAUUUAAGAAAGACAACCUGGGUAACAUAAGUAGUAUUUUGGGAGUACUGUCUCGUGGUGAUAUUGGAGAGGAAACGGACGAGUUAGCAGACUUCGUUCUGCAACAAGCUAUAGAACCACCACAGGCCACUGACGAAGAAGUUAAGGCUCUAAGAGAUUUGGCUGAGUAUAUAGAUAUAGUGGCCGGAUUGUCUGUAACUAUUAGUGAUGAUGCUGAGAAUCUUUUGAGGAAUUAUUUCCUCGCUGCGCGCAAGGAGAGGCCGAACGCCAUCUCUGUGGCGGGCAUGGGAGCGUUGGUGGCUAUUUGCAUGACAUCAGCGAGACUCUGUCGACGGAUUACGACAAGUAUUGAGGACGCCAUCUUUUCCAUAUGGCUGCAUGCCGCUGGAUUACCGGAACCAAGAUUCGCGCCAGACGAAUAUCUACAAAUGGUUGACGUAAAAAAAACACAAAAAAUCAUAGAUCUAUUUGUACCUUGGCUAGAACAGUUUACUGGCACAGCCAUUUUACAGACAUAA